AUGGCCCCGAACUGCACGCCGUCCCUCCACGGCUCGUCCCGUCUGUCACGAGCAUCAGGUUCAGGUGCCAUGCCGCCGCCGUCGCCACCGCCGCCGGCACUCGCGAAGAAGGAUGCACAGGACACGAUGUUCACGGAUGACGAAUUCCAAGCGUUGAUGAGCGGCCAGUGCGAGUUGCUGUCCUUCUCCGACAACGAUCUCCGGUCGUCGUCGCCGCUACUGUCCCUCCAGCUGCAAGCGCAGCUGCUGUGCAGGGACGGCGCGUACGCCCGAUUCCAGGAGACGCCGCCGCCGUUCGCCUUGGACGACCUCGAGGCGCCGAUCUCCGAUGGGGACAUCGAGCGGCUCGCGCCACUGUUCUGCGACGAGGAAAUCCAGGCACUGUUCUGCGACGAGGAAAUCCAGGCGCUCUGUGCCGCGCCCGCGCAGCAGGCAUCGAUGCAGUUCUCGGGACCACGCUUGGACGACCAGGCCGGCAAGAAAAGGAUGUCGUCCCCACCGUGGCCGUCUUUCAUAGCGGAUGACGACGACGACGAGGAGGAGGCCGGGCCGCCGCCGCCGCCGCCCCCUCCACGUCCGAUCAAGAAGGCAAGAACGCAAACGAAGAGCAGAAACAGCCGCGAACACGCUGCCGCCGCCCGGGCGACCCGGCUCCGGCACCGUCUCCGAAGGUGGCACAUCACGAUCGCUACCCGCAUCCUGAUGCGCCAGUGCCGGGCGCCGGAGCUCUCGCGCGGCCGGACGGCGCUGAGGUGCCAGUGCCCGGAGCUCGCGCUGGCGGACGCCGAGCACGAGCCUCGCGGCUUCGGCGGCUGCUGCGCGCUGCACCAGGACGCUCUGCCGGGGGAUAGGGCAUGGAUGUACUCGGCUCAGGGCCACGGCGCCCCGCCGCUCGUCGGCGGCCCCGGUGAGGUCCUGGUGCCCGCAGUGUCCGCAGGCAACAGCAGGGCGAUGGUGCGGCAGUACGCGCGGUGGCGCUGCAGCGUGUCGAUGCCGUCCCGCUUCUAUUUGCAGCGCGCCAUGGAGAAGGGGCUCGCUCAGCAGCAGCCUGACGACGACUGGACGAUGCCUGAAUACUAG